AUGGCUGGAGUGUAAUAAAAGAUCUUCAAUAAUUAAUUUGUUGUAAAAAAAAGGAUUUCAGCAGGUUCAUUUGGUGUAGUGUACUAAGGAUUUGAUUUACAUUCAUAAGAUCUUGUGGCAAUUAAGGUUGAAAAGUUAGAGGUGGAUGAAUUAUUAAGUUUAGAUAGAGAGGUUGACUAAUAGUAAAAUACAUAGAUUUAAAUCCUGAGAUCAGUAUAAGGAGUACCCUAAGUUCCUAAGCUUAAAUGGGCUGGAAAAGACUAAGGAAAUAAUGUGAUGGUAAUUCAGCUUUUGGGUAGAGAUCUAACACAUUAUAUGAGAUAGAGAAAAAGACUUAGUUUACCUUGUGUUUUGGGUAUCGCAGAUUAGUUACUGACAAUACUAGAAAACGUUCACAAUAAGUAAAUUUUCUAUUCAAACCAGGGGUGUGAUUCAUAGAGAUCUGAAGCCAGAAAAUGUAUUGGUUGGAAAGGAUAAAGAGAAAGACUAAUUAUAUUUGGUUGACUUUGGGAUUGCUAAAUAAUUUAAAGAUAAAGAUGAUAAACAUAUGUAUAAAAUGUAAGUUAAUCUUAGUCCAUUCAAAGAUAACAAACCAUUCCUUGGAACUUCAAGAUAUGCAAGUAUAGCAGCACAUAAAGGAUAUGAAUUAUCAAGAAAAGAUGAUCUUGAAUCAUUAGGUUAUAUGUUAAUGUAAUAUUGAUACAAUAAAGAGAUUUUUAUUAAAAGGAAGUUUGCCAUGGUAAAAUGUAAAUCAUAAAAAUGAAGAAGAAAAAGUUAAAGUUGUUGGUUUAAUGAAAAUGAGAAUUUCAUCUCAAGAAUUAUGUUAAGAUUUGCCAAUUGAAUUUAUGAGAUUUAUAGAUUUAGUAAAAAAAAUGAGUUAUAGAGAGAAACCAGGUUAUAAGUAAAUUAAUUAGAUAAUUAUUUAUUAGAUAUUUCUAGUAACUAUUUAGAAGAGUGGCUAUUUAAUAAUAGGUUGAAUAUAGAUUUGAUUGGUUAGAUGAAAAUAAUAAAGAGAAAAAAUCUGGAUCUAUGUCUCCUAAAAAGUAAUAAUCAAUUAAAAUUAUGGAUUAACCACAUAUAAUAUAGUAAAUCUAUUCUCCAAAAAAGAAAAAAUAAAGUGAAGAGUUUGAUGAUACAGGACCAUCAAAGAGAGAAUCAAAUGGUAAAUUAUCAAUUGCUAACAAUUCUUAUAAUCUUUUACCUUUAGAUAGUAGAUUAAAUUUAAGACACAAAAGCACUAGUUCAUUUAAUGAAUCAAAUUAACAAUACAGUGACAUUUAACCAGAAGUCAGUUGUAUGAUAGCCUAUUAAAGGAAUGUGAGAUUUGGAUCAUUUCAUAAUGAAAUUAAUACUCCAAAAUAAGCAGAAAGAAGUACAUCUGCUCAAAAUUAGAUUAGAGUUGUACAUAAAUUAAGUUUGGAUGUCAAACCAAAUUGUUAUAAUUCUAUUGUAGAAUUAUAAUUAGGACUAAUGAAUAAUCCAUCUAUUCUGGAUUUUACUGUGAAAAGCUAGAAUUAAAUGAAUGAAGAUGAAAGUCCUUGUCUUGAUGACAAAUUCAGUAUUUUAAAAAAAGAUUCUGUAGAAAAGUAUAGAUUAAAUUUCUAAAUUUAUAGUUAAUUUAAAAAUCCAAUACAACUCUUUAGAAUAAGUUACAAAGAGAAAACAAGAGUAAAAAAUAAUUGA